AUGAAUGCUUCUCUCUUAUACGUUAGAUUGGUAGUGUCUCACUCCUCCUUUUAUGAUACUGCUUGUGCCGUUGCUGACCUAAACCUCCUCAACUCGGAGAUUGGUCGUCUAGGCCUGGCCAUUUCGAUAAUCACUGGAUUGAGCAGUUGGUUGUAUAAGUAUAUACGAGACUUCUAUAUAGAAGCCACUAUUUUGAAGACCGAUGUGAUGUUAUUAGCAUGGAUAAGUAAAAUUUUCCUAGUGACUUUCAUCAUGUUCAUUUUACACCCAAUAAUGUCAUGGAUGAAUAGAACUACUCCGGAAGGAAAAACACUUAAUGAAGGUUAUGUUUCCUCGAUCAUUAUCAGUGUUUUAGGAGUUUCAUUUUACAGUCAGUCCAUUGGUGUAGACCCUUCGCUUGGACCACUUAUAGUUGGACUAACGGUACCCGUUGGGUCACCUAUAGCAACAGCUGUUCAAAAAAAGUUAGAGUGCUUUGUUACCUUUGUGCUCGUAACACCAGUUUACAUAAUAGGAGGCUAUCAUGUACGCGCAUUCAAAUUCAUUUGGAAAGAUUUUGUAGUUGUGGAGAUAAUGAUGUUCCUUGCAUACUUCGCAAAGAUUGGUUUUGUAAUGUUGUCUUCCCUCUACCUGCUGAUGCCUAUUCUGGACUCCUUUUGUCUCGGUCUCCUCUUAACAUGUGAUGGCAUAAUCAAUAUGUGGUAUACAAUGGUAGUGUAUGAAGCUGAGCUGAUGGGCCAACAGACUUACACCACAAUAUUCUUCACAAAUCUCUUGAUAACCAUGGUUAUCACACCGACGGUGAAAUAUUUAUAUAAUCCUUCAGGGAAGUACGCGGGCUACAAGAGACUAUCUAUCCUAAAUUCUGCUGUGAACAGUGAGCUGCGCAUAUUAGCUUGUGUUUACAAUCAAGAAAAUGUUCCCAGUUUUUUCAAUUUCUUUGAAGCCACUAAUCCGGUUACAAAAGAUAGCGUUGUAUGUAUCUACGUUUUGCACCUCGUUGAACUAGUCGGUCGUGCGACUUCCAUCCUCGUGGAACACAAACAGCAAAAAAAGACACAGCCUCGCACCCGCAAUUCGUCAGAGAAAAUUAUCAAUGCCUUCCACCAGUUUGAACAACAGAAUCAAGGCUUCGCAAUCGGGUCAUGUUUCACUGCAAUAUCACCGUUCUCAAGCAUGGAUAACGACGUAUCCCAAAUAGCAUUGGACAAGAGGACCAAUCUUGUGAUUAUCCCUUUCGGUGAGUUAGACAAACACCCUUAUCGAGCAGUCAACCGAAGUGUUUUAGAUAAGGCACCUUGCUCGGUGGGGAUUCUCUUUGACCAUAAGAAUAUCUCGGGUGCUCUUAUUGAUGUUUCUGUAAGUUUUCAUGAUGUUGCCAUGAUUUUCAUUGGAGGCCCUGACGACCGGGAGGCAUUAGCAUAUAGUAUGAGAAUGUCGGAUCAACCUAAUUUAAAUCUCUCAGUUUUCCGUUUCACGCAUAUAGAAUCGAAUAGAAAAACAAAAAAAGAUGAUGAAUUGAUAAGCGACUUGCGGGAUAGAAUUAUGAAUACCAAAAACAUUUUGUACAGAGAGGAAGAAGUAACAGAUUGUGCAGAUACAACAAGGAAAAUCAAAUGCCUGGAAGACUCUUACGACUUCAUAAUUGUCGGGAGACGACAUGAUAGUAACUCACCAAUUGUGCGUGGACUUGAUGAAUGGUGUGUCUUCAAAGAACUUGGUGUUAUCGGAGAUCUUUUCGCUACUUCUACUUUUGAGGGUAAUUUUUCAGUUUUGGUAUUACAACAGUAG